AUGGCAUUUCCGUUUCUUCGAGCACGAUCGCGGUACCGGUUUUACAUACUGGUUGCCGUUUUGGUGCUGCUGACGUACUACUAUUGGCCAAUAGAUCAAAUAGAACAGCUGUCUGACACAGUGCAACGGUCCACUGUUCAGGGAAGUUCUCAGUCGGGGUCGCAAGGUGGGAAUCCUCAGCAGGAGGAGCAGGACGAUCGUAUCUACCGCGUGAGUACCAAACCUUUACGCGUCAACUUCAACCCAGACACCAGCGAACUGGAGGUGCCUAAAAUCAUAGAAAUCGACUCGGUCAACCAGGCUUUGGGAGUGCUUAAUUUGAAGCCUCUUGAGGAAAACGCCGACUCCAGAAAAGCUCCAUCGCAGUCAAAGGGCACGCUGGUCACGUCGGAGUUUGUCACCGACAAAGAGUAUAAGCCUCUUAGCUCGGUUAUUGGUUACGUUGGCAACAAGAACGUUCCAGCAGCAAAGACAUACUACGAUCUAACGUGUCAGGACGUCACAUACAAGCCAGACGAAAACAGACAGAUAAAAUACUCCGAGCCGGUGCUGUUGAAGGACGAUUUGGCCAGUAUUCGUACUGCCUUGCUGUCAACAGAAUACAAAAACCUCAUCACCAUGGGCGACAGCUUGCAAACGAAAGUGGAGGAGAAAUGGCACCAGUUCUCGGGUGCCUCAGUCUGGCUACCGGACGAGGAGUGUCAUCUGAUGGCCAGCCGAGUCAGCUAUGCUCCGCAAGCCAAAAAUUCCCCGGUUGCUUCUUUUAUUAGACUGCAAUUAUUCGAUGCUCAGUGGAAUGAAAUUCUCGGAAGACGGAUCCGUUACAACGAUAUCACCAAACAGGAAAUCGAUGGCGUGCUUAGAGACUACAACGAAGCUCAAGACGAUUCGCUGCUGGACCGGAUCUCUCUCAAGUUCCCUACUGUGCUGGACGUUCCAUUCGAUCCCAAGGUGAACUCCAAGGAGAUGUUGGGCCCUGAGGACCCUCGGAUUUUGUUCAAGGAUGGUGAGUUUGUGCAGGAGCCGGUGAUCUUUUUCAACAUGCUUGUGGACUCGAAACGGACAAUGAACGCUGUUUUCCCUUUGCGGAAGCCUAAUCCGAAGACCAAGAAACUGGACGUUGUGCAAUUCAAGGCAUCUGGGAUCAACACGAGCGCCAAGCUGUCCACAGAGAAGAAUUGGACGCCCUUUUUCGACACAGUCAGAGUCGGAGACUCUCCCAAGACCUCUGGAUACGUUCAGUUCUUGUACACAAUUGAUCCGCUGGUUGUUUUCCGGUGCAACCUGGACAACGGAAAGUGCGAAAAGUUGCAGGACAAUAUCAAUUAUUCCACGUUCUCGAGACAGGGCAAGGGGUACGUGCGUGGGGGUACUGAGCUGGUGCCUGUUCCUCGGAUCAUCACGCAGAAGUUGAGCAAAGGCGGGAUCGACAGCCGACUGCAAAUGUGGGUUGGAUUUGCAAAGACACAUCUUAACAGUUGCGGCUGUGGAGACACCAUUUAUAGACCGAGUCUGAUGCUUUUAAUCAAGGAGGAUGGUGUUUUCCGGGUGGAGUUGAUGACCGAUAGCAUUGAUUUCGGAAUGGACGUUCUUUCAUGGAGCGAACAUGGAAGUGCGUGCGGGGGUCCGAACGUUUUGACUCCAAACGGUAUUUCGUUCUGGAACAUCAAGCUGGCGGAGGAGGUGCCUGAGGAGAGCGAGGGGUCGAACACAAACAGUCUUUCUUCGGACUACAUGGCGCUGACGGUGAGCGAGGCAGAUUCGAACGUGAAGCUUAUUUUCUUGCGCAACGUUGCCAACUACAUCUUUGGCAUCUACGACUCGGGCAAGUACAUGCUAGGCGACAACGAGAUGGUGGAGGUUGUUUCCGACCGCACGCGCAAGGUCAGCGAGUGUAUGCUGGGUGCCUCUUUGGAUUACUGUGUGCGGUACGGCCAGCGGAUGUCCCGUCCGCAAAGUAUAUAA